AUGCUCUCCCGCCGCAUCUUCCGCGAGCUGACGGACAGCCUCCUCCUGGGCCCGAGAUUCCAAUCCGCCUGCGCCCGCUGCGCGUCCCUCCAAUGCGCGCCCGCAAACCCCCUCCGCCGCGGGAGGCGUCCCAGUGCGCCCCAGCUCCGCGCGGCCUCCUCAUCCUCGUCCACGCGGUGGAAAUCGCGCCAGGGCAACGACCACUUCGCGAAGGAGGCGAAGGUGCAGGGGCUGAAGAGCCGGGCGGCGUUUAAGUUGCUUGAGAUAAACGAGAAGUACAAGCUUUUCAAGCCCGGGCAGACGGUUGUGGAUCUGGGGUAUGCGCCGGGGAGUUGGUCGCAGGUCGCUGCUGAUCGGACAUCACCUAAUGGCCGUGUUGUGGGGAUCGAUAUCAUCCCCGCCCAACCCCCGCGCGGUGUGUCGACGAUCCAGGGCAACUUCCUCUCCCCGGCUGUUCAGGCUGAAGUGCGCGCGUACGUCCAAGACCCUGGGCUCGGCCGCCCGCGGCGCAGGGCGAUCUCGACGUCUGAUGAGGCGGAGGAGCAUUCGGUCACGGAGGACGAGCUGGAUGAGAUGGAGCGGGGGUAUAUCGAUCUAGAGCGGCACGCGCACCUCGACGGGGCCGAGAACGGCGCAGAGAGUGCAGAGGAGGGGGGGAAAGAGAGGAAGCUGAGCCGCAAGCAGCGGGACGAGCAGCAGGGGCGGGUGGUCGAUGUGGUGCUGAGUGACAUGUCCGCGCCCUGGGAGCAGACGACGGGGUUUUAUAAGAGGAGCCUUAGUGACCCGUAUUACAGGAUGAUGAACACGAGCGGGGUGGCGUUUAGGGAUCAUGCGGGGAGUAUGGACCUCUGCAUGGCCGCCCUCACGUUCGGCUUCGAUACGCUUAGGACCGGGGGCCACUUUGUGUGCAAGUUUUACCAGGGGGCAGAAGAGAAGGCGCUAGAGAAGAGGCUAAAGCGGCUGUUUCGGAAAGUGCAUCGGGAGAAGCCAGAGUCCUCGAGAAGUGAGUCGAAAGAAGCGUAUUUUGUAGCGCUGAGGCGGAAUGAGACGUCGUCGAAGGAAGACGUGUUCCAGGAUUGAGGAAGAGUAGAGUUGGACUACGAUGAGGAAUUACUGCAGGAUAAGACGCGCAUGUAUCACUAGUUGUACUAUAUAUAAGAUACCUGCUGGAAAUGCAGAUUUUAGAUC